GCCUUCAGAAGCUGUUCGCCGCCCUCACCGGCAUCUCGCUGCUGCAGAAGGUCUCGUACUCCGAGACCGCGCGCUUCCACAGCAGCAAGGAGCACCCAGUCAAUGGCCAGGCCAUGCACCCUCUGAUCUGGAACUUGACUCGCUUCCACCCUUUCUGGGCACUGAUCGAGAUGACCAUGGGCAUCGUGGCAGCCAGGCACGUGAUGCUGGACACCGAGGAGGACAAGAAGAAGAAGCCAACGAAUCCGCUGUGGCUUUUCUUGGCGGCCUACGCUUCGCUGGCGCUGCGGCUGACUCGCUUUGACUUCAAUGAUGCCAUUAUCCGUGGGGUGCUUUUCGUGCCCAUCUUCACGAAGUUCCUGACACAGAUGCAUCGGGAUGCUUUGAGUGCUGAACCGGCCCCAAUUACCAAGUUCUUCGGUUCCAAGCCAAUGGUAACGCUCGGCUCCAUUGCGUUCCCUAUGUUCAUCUUGCAUGGCCCCAUUGGCCAGAUCUUCUACAAGAAGGCUGGUUUCGAUUCAUGUGAAGCCAGUGCAACUUUAGCGGACCGAAUGCUGGGCUGA